AUGAGUUCUCUCGUUUCGCACUGGAUAUUUGCUCCCGUUCGUACAAACAGAUUAAAGAGAAACACGUUGUGGCGUGCUCAGAACACGAGAUGGAAGAGCACUGGGGCGCUGCAUUGCUUCUUAUCGUUCAAGAGAUUUGCAGACACCAACCAGUGA